GCAAUCUGAGCCAGUCGAUUAGCCAGUCAAUCAAUUGCCACAAUGAGGAGUGCAAGAUCAUGUUUGUUCCCAUUAACAAAAGGUUCAAGUAUUGCCCAAACUGUAGAGAUAGAACAAAAGUAACUCCCAAGUCAGGUGGCGUCAAACGUGCUGCCAAUGUAAUUUCCCCUCUGUCUUAUAAUAAUCGUCCGAAACACUCUAAGGGAGAUGAGUUGGCGUUUGCUUUCAACGAGACGUUCGGUCUUGACAUAGAGGACUUCAUGGUCAUGGAGAGAGAAAAUCAAAUUGAGGUGUUUAGAACUCUUAUUUGCAAUCUCCGUGAAAAUGAUUCCAAAGUUGAUGAGAGUAUGUCCCGGCUUAGAGAAAAGAUUAGUGACUUAGAGAGCGAGUUGUCCAUUGCCAGGAACUCUCAUCCAUUGUUACCCGACAUGGAAAAAGAACUCGUGCGUGUCAAACUUGCUCUCGCCGAUAAAGACAUUAAACUUUUUGAACUCACUAUGGGUGGAUCAAGCCGAGUCCCAAUUCACGUCCCAUCGCCCUCUGCUCAGUUAAAUAACGUCAAUCAGUCCUCGUGA